AUGAAAAAGCUGAGCAAUUCAGAUGUAUUAAAGAAUUUGGAUGAGAAAUUAAAGCAUCUUGAGCCAGCGGAACGAGAAGAUUUAAGGAAAAUUAUUGGUGACUACAAGCAUCUGUUUCCAGAUGUUCCAUCUAGAACUGAAAUGAUAUAUCAUGAUGUUGAAAUCGAGGACACUGCAAGACCAAUCAAACAACACCCGUACCGGCUUAACCCUAUGAAACAACGAUAUUUACAAGACGAAAUAAAUUACCUCCUGGCGAAUGACAUUAUCGAGCCCAGUAACAGCAACUGGAGUUCUUCUUGA